ACCGCGGGGGCGCGGAAUUCUGGCGCUGUCGCGAGCCGGUCGCUCUUGGAUGACGUGCGGGUCUCCGCGAGCUGCCAGCAUGGAGGAGGCCGCGGCGGGAAGCGGCGGUGGUAGCCCUGCCCUGGGACUGGCUCUCGGGGAGCUGCUGGGGGACGAAUGUUACGCUGAUUUUUUAAGAGAAGACUUUGAUGUAAAGACUUAUACCUCUCAAUCUAUUCAUCAAGCUGUGAUAGCUGAACAGUUAGCAAAACUUGCUCAAGGAAUCAGUCAACUGGAUAAAGAGCUUCACUUACAAGUAGUUGCAAGACAUGAAGACUUAUUGGCACAAGCAACUGGGAUUGGAUCUCUGGAAGGUGUUCUUCAAAUGAUGCAGACUAGAAUUAGUGCUCUACAAAGUACUGUUGACAGAAUAAGAGCGAAAAUCAUUGAUCCAUACAACAAAAUAGUGUCUCGCACAGCACAGCUAGCAAAGCUUCAGGCAGCCUGUGACUUGCUGCGGAGAAUAAUACGCAUCUUGUAUCUAAGUAAGAGACUUCAAGGACAACUGCAAGGAGGAAGCAGAGAGAUAACAAAAGCUGCCCAGAGUCUCAAUGAACUUGAUUAUCUUUCGCAAGGGAUAGACCUCUCUGGAAUAGAAGUAAUUGAAAAUGACCUGCUUUUUAUUGCAAGAGCUCGACUUGAGGUUGAAAAUCAGGCUAAACGCUUACUUGAGCAAGGGGUAGAGACUCAGAAUCCUACUCAAGUAGGAACAGCUCUUCAGGUUUUCCACAACCUUGGAACUUUGAAGGAUACCAUUUCUAAUGUAGUGGAUGGAUACUGUGUGUCUCUAGAGGAGAACAUCAACAAUGCUUUGGAUAUCAAAGUUUUAACUCAGCCAUCCCAGACAGUUACAAGAGGUGGCCCUGGCCGAGCUGUUAUGCCAACACCAGGAAACGCUGCAGCCUUCCGAGCAGCCCUCUGGACAAACAUGGAGAAACUUAUGGAUCAGAUCUGUGCAGCCUGUGCACAGGUGCAGCACUUGCAAAAAGUACUGACAAAGAAGAGAGACCCUGUUUCACAUGUCUGUUUCAUUGAGGAAAUAGUUAAGGAAGGCCAGUCAGAUAUUUUGUACACAUUUUGGACUGCAGUAACUCAGACUCUUUCCUCUCAGUUUCAGAUAGCAACAGACUCUUCUGUGUUUUUGAAGCAAGCUUUUGAAGGAGAAUACCCUAAAUUACUGAGACUUUAUAAUGACUUGUGGAAGCGCCUACAACAAUAUAGUCAAAAUAUUCAAAGAAAUUUUAAUGCAAGUGGAAAUACAGAUCUCUUUGCUGAACUGCAACAGAUGGAAGAAGAUACACAUGACAUUUUCAUGCAAAAGAAACAGGAUUAUGAUUCAGAAAAAGCCUUGAAAGACUCAUUGCAACCUUAUGAAGCUGCUUAUUUGUCAAAGUCAUUAUCUCGACUCUUUGACCCCAUCAACCUUGUAUUUCCCCCUGGGGGUCGGAAUCCUCCUUCCACUGAUGAACUUGACAGCAUCAUUAAAACUAUAGCAAGCGAGCUAAAUGUGGCUGCUGUGGACCCAAACCUCAGUUUAGCUGUUUCAAAAAACGUGGCAAAGACCAUACAAUUAUAUGGUGUAAAGUCGGAGCAGCUUCUGUCCACCCAAGGCGAUGCCAGCCAAGUGAUUGGACCCCUUACAGAAGGACAGAGAAGGAAUGUGGCAGUAGUGAAUUCACUGUACAGGCUUCACCAGUCAGUGCUGAAGGUAGUUUCCAGCCAGAGUUCAUUCCCGGCAGCUGCUGAACAAACUAUAGCUACAGCCUUAAAGACUAUCUAUGAUCUCAUGGGUAGUGCUGUGCAACCCCUACUGAACUCGGUAGGAGACUCAGUGGAGGCCAUUAUCAUCACUAUGCAUCAGGAAGAUUUUUCUGGAUCAUUAUCCAGCUCAGGAAAACCAGAUGUCCCUUGUUCUCUAUACAUGAAGGAACUACAGGGCUUCAUAGCAAGAGUCAUGAGCGACUAUUUCAGACACUUCGAGUGUUUCGACUUUGUCUUUGACAACACAGAAGCCAUUGCUCAGAGAGCAAUUGAACUUUUUAUUCGCAAUGCCAGUCUACUGAGACCCCUUGGUGAAGGUGGGAAAAUGCGACUUGCUGCUGACUUUGCACAGCUGCCUGUUGUCUAUACAACUUAGUUGGGUCUGCAAGAUUUCAUCCUGUGAGAAACUGAAUCUUGAGAAAUUUAUCCUCUAAAUAAUUAAUGAGGGCCGUUCUCAUCAUAAGGCAAAUUCAGUAAAGCCCUAUACCUUCCUGUCAAAUUAUUGGUGCAUUAAAAAUCAUCAGCAUUUUGAAACCUUUUAAUACAGAACAGUAAUCUUCAGUGCUAGAUCCAUCAUUUGCUACCAUUCCCCCCACACCACCUCCCUGUAAGAUAGUUUUCCUUUCUUAAUUGCUUUAUGUCCCACAGUGCCAGCACUGAUUAUGAUCAUGAACUGACCUACUUUGCAGUGUAGCAUACAAAUUAACAUAAAUAGAGUGUGAAAGGCCUGCACCUUGCUGUGAAUACUGAAAGAAUUAGUAUUGUCUGAGGUUCUGCUGGUGACACAGUUCGUUUCUCUGUUUCAUAUUUUUUGCCUUAACUUAUAUUGGACUGGUGAACUACGCACAAUCAAGUAGAUAAUUCCAGUUUCCAAUGAGCUACUUCCUAUUUUCAGAUGAAAGAAUCUUAAUAGUAAUACAGUGCAGAGUGAACCUGUUAGGGAACGUAACACAAAUAUUCAGCACUUUGAUUCUAGGUCAGUUUCAGGGUAUUCGUCCUUAUUUUCAAAGCUCUAAGGAGCAGCUUAUGAUCCAAACAUUUCAGAGACAGGCUCUGCCUCCAGCUGCAUUCAACAGGGGCCUUGGCUGGCAUAGCUGAGGGUCAAAUCCAAGAAGGCUGGUGACAGAGCGUUUCAUAUAGAGCCCUUAGUUGUGGAAUUGGCUACUACUAGGGAACAGGUGGGACCCAGAUCUUGUGGCCUUCAAGGCUCAUUGCUUCAUCAAGCUAAACUGUGUAAUGGCCCCAGCCACAUGCCACUGAAUAAACCACCUGGAUUCACCGAUUAGUUUGUAGCAUCACAAUCCUUCAGCAAGAAAGUUAAUGUGAGAUUUUCCAUUGACUUCAAUGGGAGUAGGAAAGGGACCAGAAUGACCUAAAAUGUGGGGUGAUGAGGACAAUUGAUUCCUUCUCCUGCAUAAAUAUUAAUGUACUUCUUAAAUUCAGUAAGUAUUUAUAUCUGAUGUUACAGUAGAGUGCCUUUUAAUUAUGAAAAUAUAAUUAUGAAAAUACCCCCUUCCUUUAUCUUUCUAAAUGCAUCUUUUUUUAUCAAGCAGGUUACAGUAAGUGUUGCCUGUUAUCUAAAAGGCAGUGGUAUGUUGUUACCUCAGUGUGAGGGAGUUUACACACUGUCUCUCACUGUGUUAUCUGUACUUACUGAAUGUGCAAUGGAAUGAGUUCUCUGAUCUCUAUGCUUUUGUGCUGCAGGAGAAGAUUUUAAACUAGACCUACAAUUGCUUGGUUCUGAGUCCUUCCUCUUUCCCUGUCUAGCUGCCUUGUGUUCCCUUCCUCUCCUCUUUUCUCCCCCUUACCUCCUCUCCCUGUUUAAGUUGUACAUAUAACCAGAAAUAGCUGGAUGCUGGUCAUAGGCUGGGCCUCCCCUGCUGCUGCUCUUAGCUGCUGUUCAGCUUUUCUGAUGGCAGCACUUCCAACCCAGCUAGCGAGGAGGCCUGGCAGGGGAAAUCUGAUAUACUGGGCCAUAGAAAACUUUGUGUAAAAAUAAAAUGCUUGGUGCAAUGAUACUCUAGUAUGGAUCUCUCCCUUCUGUUAGCAUUGCAAGCAGGGGGGAAGAUCAGCCCUACCACCUAUCAGCAGUCAGUUCAAGUCCUCCAGUAUAUAUAUCACCAGUGAACUGAGAACCUCUAUACAAUCCCCACAAUGCCACAUAAAAUUGUUGCAUUAUAAAAUUGUGUAUUAUAGAUGCUCUCUGGCACUUUGGCUAAUUGUGUGACAUGCUGUCAGAUAUACUCAUGAGCACUUUCAACAUGAAAUGUUCUGUAAACUUGUGUGCUUCUGAACAUCAUUUAACAGAACACUCAGGAUGCAUCUUAAUGCUUAAAAAUAUUUGCAGUGCUGCAGGGUUACUGUCCUAUAUUGUACCACUUAUUGGAAUUCCUGUGAUUUAAAAGUGUGACAGCAUUCAGGGGGUUGAAUUUGCCUGCAAUUCAUGCUGACUUAGAACUUUUAUAGAAGCCAUCUGCACAAGAUCCAAAAAUGGGACUACUGUUAACUUAAGUACUGUUCAUUUCUGGACCAACAUAUUUGGUUAAGGUGGAGUUUUUGAAAAAAUAAAAAUUAUUCACUACCAUGGAUGCGCUGCUAAGCUUUCCUUUCACUUUUAGAACUAGUUAAAUUGGAAGUGGUUUUUCUGGGGUCAGUCGAGCCCUCUUAAAUGACAUUUUCUUGACAUUUAUAUUUCCAAUGAGGUAUCAGCUAGGUACUGGAGAACCUUUUAACCUGUUCAUUACUAAGAGUUCUGUUACUUUGUAACAAAACCAAGGCCACUUGGGUUACAGUGACCUCCAUGGAUCUUAGACACUCUGAGAUUCAAAAAUAUGCUUUAGAAUCAUACAUUGCCCUUUAUAUGGCAUGCAACCGUAAAUGAUUGAUAGAGACAGUACAGCAGAGAACAAAAUUUGAACACUACACAUUCUGGAAUUUAUUUCGAAGAAACAAGCAUUCCUCAAUAUUUUGGCAUAGAAAUUGAUAGUCUGCUGAGAUAAAGUCCUAAACUCAUAAGGAAUAAUGUAGACAUUAAUGAGAAUAAAAAUAACAAUUGCACAGACACAAACUAGGCUAAAAAUUGCAAGGGCCAUCAGUCCUCAUUCUACACAGCAUAAACUGAUCACCAGAUGGAAUCAGACAAAAUUUUCCUUCUCUUUAGGGUAUAAUAUAAAAACAGUUAUGUGCUAUGUAUGUAUACAUGGUGAAGCAUUUACAAGAGACCACACUUGUUAGACAGCCAUCCCAAACAUAGUGGUUACAAUUGUUUUCCACCAUUAUUGUCACAACCAAUUUUUCUUGGUCCCUUUAUGAUUCAUUGUAGUUAUAGUUCUAUAAAUCUUCUAUUUAUUGUACAGUUUUUGUUUGUUUCAUUGUAUUUCUAAUUGUCCAGUGCUCCAAGGGUUGCUACAGGGCAUCGUGAACUCUGCUGACAUUCUCUAUAUUCUGUAUCUUGUCCCAUGGAACAUUUUGAUUUGGUUGAACCAAUAUUUUCUGAUGGAAAAUGUUCUAAUGGAAAAAUUUCAACCAAUGCUAGUUUAAAACCUUCUGAAGCAUCUAGUGAUAUUACUCCAUCUUGCUAAGAUUUCUUUACAAUUUUGUGAAAGUCUGCACAUUUAGUAGCUCAAAUGAAGCUGGAGUUUAUUGAUAUUAUGGAAUUAUACUCAUUAUAGGUAGGAGACAAGGAGCAGUAUUUAUUUUUAAGAUCGCUAUGCAGCCCAUAAAGAGGAUUUGAUUAGAUUCGCAAUCUUUAAGAGAUUAUUUUAAGGAUUACAUCAGUGUGGAAGGAGACUCUGUUAAUAAGAUUAAAGACCAAUUUUAAAUUGUGA